AUAUUUUUAUUAGUAAUGGAUAACACCUCAUGGUUACUAUCAAAUCUUUUUAAAAUAACCUUUUUUGAAACUCUUCAUGCAAAAAGUUCAAAUUCCAACCCAUGUUCUCCAAGAAAAAGUACUGGAAGGCACGGAGGAGGCGAUGCUCCCUCUUUAUCUGAUUGCUCUUGCAAUGCUCCGAAAUGCUCAACGAGUACCGUCUGUGAUCGUGGCAAGACUGGAGCUGGCGUCACUGGUUCGCGUACUGAAAACAGAGAAACUGAAAAAAGUUCGAACUAUUUGGCCGCUGGUGCCAUUAAUCCCGGACUACUCCGACAUUUACAUAAUGCCGCCCGAUACAGAUUACCACAGUGCUUCGAAGGUGCUUGCGUCUCAGUCAAGCAGAGUUCCGCUAGUAAUUGGAUUUUCGGGCACUCUUUAUCCUUCAGUUCAGUUUCUCCUGGAGGUUACAAAGUGCUAUUAUCAUACUUGGACAAAGAUAAACCCACUGGAUUGCCAUACUUUGUGAUGGAAGCUGCUCCUGGUGGUCAGAUGAGUUGUGAGUUCCGCGUGGGUCCGACACAGGCCACUCGAGCCACUGUUGUUGCACAAAUUGCUAACGGAAAAUUCGAUAGCUUCGAAAGUAUUGUCGAUGCAUAUUUUAAUAGCUUCACUGCUUCUGUUAUUGCUGUAAAUAGAGAAUUUAUUGCAAUACAUUAUUUACAGGCAAUAACAGAGCGUCUAUCGCUGGGUGCAGAGGUGGUGGGUAGAGGACGCGCACCCGAGCUGACGGCAACGUCCGCGGCGGCACGCUGGGCCGGUGAGGAGCACUCCGUAAGCGCCACGCUUGGCAGCCGCGGACUCGACCUCUGUUACGCGCGCGUCCUGCGACCGCACCUCACCGCUGCGGCUAUGCUCGAGGUCGGGUUUGCGAUUCGUAAGGCUGUGGCUACAUUAGCGUACGAAUGGCGGGCGGAAGACUGGACAGUUCGCGCUUCUGUGGACUCAGACGGUCUAGUGGGAGCGACGCUACAUCGGGCUCUCGGAGGCCGACGGGCGAAGCUAGCCUGCGCCAUUUCCGCACUUCUAAAUCAUCCUAAUGACAAAUUUAGACUCGGCUUUGGUGUUACUGCUGCUAUUGUAUAAACAUGUUUUUGAAUGUUUUUUGUAAUUUUG